UGAAGUGAAGACCCACCCCCACCCCACCCCCACCCCACCGGAAAAUGUUCUUCAUCUUCUAUACAUAGAGAAACAGGCGAUCGGAUAUACGUUAUACUUACAAUUCAAUCAAUGUCACGCGGAACCCUAGAUUCACUUCACGCCGUGGAAUCGUGCGCCUUCCAGCUGAUGAGCUGGAGACCCUUCGGCAAAAACCUCGAUUCCGAUUCCCCCAAACCCUAUCACGGCCCCCACAGCAAGCGCCCCUGCCUCGCCGACCGCGCCACUUCCUCCUUCUCCAUCGACAUGUCCAAACUCAGCCUCUUCGAUGACGAUAGAGCCAUCCCCCUCUCCGCCGCCCGUAAGCGGUGGUUCGAACGCAAGCGCCGCCGCCGCGGUGGGUCUAGGUCGGUGUCCGGCCGUAGCUCCGAUCGCAGGGGUUGCUCCGUCGGAGCCUCCGCCGCGAAUGGAACUUGUUCCGACUUUCCUAUGGCGGCCGGGGGCACGGAUUCGAGUGGGGAGCUGUUUGGGGACGCGAAUUGGGCGUCCGAUGUGAGUGAUCGGAAUUCGAGGAGAGAGAGGGAGGGGAGUUGUGCUGGUGAGAGGGAGCAUGUGAAUGCCGGGUAUGUGCAGUUUGGGAAUUGUGAUGCUCAGGGGAAUGAGUCCGGCUAUGGAAGUGAGCCGGGGUACAGGGGCGAUGCUGAAUUUGGGUACGAUGAUGAAGAGGAGGACGAUCCUCGGGUUUUGUUUUGGGGUGAUGAAUUUGGAGAUAAUGCUUCGAAAUUGGAAAGAGUGGGUGAAAACUCUUUGCAGAAAGCUCACCAUCGAGGCCGUCGAAAGAAACACGAGAUGAGAAUGAUGGACAGUCAAUCUUAGGUGGUGUAGUAUGUGGGGUUUCUGAACUAAUGUUGAUUCUUUAAUAAAACAGAUUUCACCAGUUGAGAUUUGAGAAUGUAUUUGUUUAUAAAUAUGAUAUUUAUUAGGUCCAUCUAUUUUGAAUCUUGAUCCAGUUUCUUUUACACAUGUAUUUAUUCUAUGGGCCAAAGCUUAAUCGUAAAUUUCUUUCAUUU